UCCGACUCCGAUUUAGAAAUCAUCGCAGUCAACCAGUUGGGUAAGGUCACGAACGAUUACCACAUUCUCCACCAUCACUAUGCAACACCCAACCCCAUUAAUAAUAGUAUCCUCGUCGACGACCCCUCCAACAGGAACACAUUACGGUCGUUGGUGACGAAACGCAUCCAGGAAUAUUCCCACAAUUCCACCCCCUCCAACUACCAGUACGGAACCGAUUUCCUGAUCUCUAAAACCUUCCUUCAAAAGUCAAACUACCAGGAUCACUACCGGCCGGUACGACCCCAGCAUGAUGAGGAUGCGGAAGAGGAGGCCGAAGACUACGACGAUCUCUUGAAUCUAACCAUACACGAAACACCCACAAAAAAGUACCACCAGUCCAUCCUCAAUUACUAUGUGCCUUCCAAACCUAUAUCGUCUACCAACUACUCAAUUUUGGACUCGUUAAUAUCCAACUUCUUCAUCGAUAAGCAGGCCUCUUCUCAGUAUGAAAAGUCCCAUCUUAAGACGCAAGAUGCAGUAACGAAGAACAGAAUCCAAUCGUUAUCCAAAAUAACUCCCUUGGAUAACAGCCAACUAUCCCAAGUUAUGAACAUCUGGAACUCUCGUAUUAAUAAGCAAUUGUUCAGUAUUUUCCAGAUCGAUGUGUUUGUGGACGAUUUAAAGACCUUGCGUGAUGGAAAAUGGCUCAAUGAUAAUAUCAUAGAUCUCUACCUCAACCUCAUAACAGAUUCGACUCCAAAAACCUAUGCAUGGACUACCCACUUCUUCACCACUUUGCAAGAUAAAGGAUACCAAGGUGUUGCUAGAUGGGCAAAACGUCGUAAAUUAAACGUUUACGAAAAGGAUAUCAUUUUGGUGCCCAUCAAUAUCAUGAAUACCCACUGGGCGUUGGCGGUUAUCAACAAUGUCGAACAAAAAAUCGAGUACUUGGACUCUCUUUCGAGCAAUGGUAACAUUAAUGCAAUCAAAUUGUUAUCGAACUAUAUGUCACUGGAGGCCGAUCGUUUGGGAAAGCCAAAAAUUCAGUAUCAAUUAUUUCCUAGCGUUAAAACUCCUCAACAGGCUAAUGGCUACGACUGUGGGGUAUUUACAUGUACCGCCGCAAGAUAUGUGGCCGAAAAGUCCGCAUUGACGUAUUCUCAGAGUGACAUGAAAGUAAUCAGAAGAAUCAUGGCAUACGAGAUACUAACCAAAAAGUUGAUAGAG